AUGCAACCAAUCGCCCCCGCUCCCCCGCGAACGGCCGCCCCCAGUUUCUCUGCGCCCAACGCCUCGGUACCCCGACUGCGCAAGGCCUCAGUAGCAUGCCGUGAGUGCAAGCGGACUAAGGCGAGGUGUCAAUUCAGCGACGGCGCUGCUGCCUGUGAUCGAUGCACCAAACGUCAUCUCUCUUGUACCUUCGACUUGGACGAGGAUAUGCGGCGGAAAUCGGCCCACAAACGGAAGAUUGGGAAGCUUGAAGCGGAGCGGAAUGACUUGCUCCAGCUGGUUCAGACACUGCAAGAUAGUUCGGACGCAAAGGCCAUGCAGUUGCUGGAUCUCAUCCGAACAAAGGCGCCUCUUAGCGAACUCAAGCUCUACAUGGACCAUAACAUUUCGCCGCCUGAACGAGAGACGACUCCCCCUUUGGCCGUGUAUAACCAGACGUCAACUGACGAUCUGGUCUCCCAUUUGAUUUCCCUCUGGAUGACCUGGAGUCAUCCAUACUACAGCUGGAUCGACCGGGAGCUGUUCUUGCGCGAUGCGCAAGCCGGCAAGCCAAACUCGCAAUUUUGCUCGCCAUUCCUUGUGAAUUGUAUCCUGGCCGAAGCAUGCUUCCAUUCGGAUUUGCCAGAAGUCUACGCCGACCAGAAUGAUCCCGAGUCCAAAGGCGUGCAUUUCUACGAGGAAGCACGACGGCUGUACGAGACGAUCGAGGACCGGCGCGAUUUACCAUCCAUCCAAGGGUGCGGAGUGUUGUUUGUGUGCAUGGCAGCCAUGGGAAAAGACCACAUCGGGUGGUGGUAUCUCGGCCAGGUGCGCAAGAUGGCCGAGGCAUUCACAAACAAGCACCCGCCGCCGUCUGAAGCUUCGACCGAAAGUCAUGCAGUUGACACUACCCUCUGGGACAUCUACAAUCUUACCGCAACUGCUUCAAUCUCCCUCAUGAAAAACCUGGCAAUUGACCGACCAAAUCGACCCCAUUUUCCAUGUGCCCAUCGAACAGACGAUCCCUGGGUGCCAUACCCACGCCAAAUCAACCCAAUCCAAUCCCACAUCCCCUGCGUGCUAAACAGCUUCACCGCACUAAGCGAGAUCAACGUGCAUGCAAACCGAAUGGUCCUGGCAAGUGGUCUCGAGCCGCCCCUGCAUCAGCUGGUAAGAACCCUCAAAGACGUGCAAAGACGGCUGGAGGACUGGAAGAAUAAGUUACCUCCAUGCCUGACGCUCGAUAACACCACUGUUCCCCGAUCGCUUAGUUUGCAGUAAGGACCCCGUUCCCUGGUCUGGGUGGAGAGCCUCACCGCUGAGUCCCUCGAUACAGUAUGCGCUGUCACGUUGUGGUCAUCAUGCUCGGGGGCCCAUCUGAAAGAGAGGGUCGACAAGGAACGAAGCAUCAGGAAUACGCGCGAUGCGAUUGUUGGUUUUCUGCGC